AUGACGGGAACCUCCAUCCAGGACCGGACACCCGAGUUCCGGUCCAUUCUGAGCCAGGCCCAGAAGCGCUUGGCGUCGAACAAAGUCGGGGCUCAGCGUCAGGCAUUGCUAUCGGAAUCGCAGCGACAACAGGCCAACGGUAGCGCAGCGCCGGGUCAGGGCAAGAGAGUAGCGAGGUCGGAAUUUGCUAGGAAGGCUGCAGAGAUUGGACGAGGCAUCACCAGCACGACGGCAAAAUUGCAGAGACUAGCCGAGUUGGCAAAACGAAAGACGCUGUUCGACGACCGACCAGUCGAAAUCUCCGAGUUGACAUACGUGAUUAAGCAGGAUCUGGCGUCGCUGAACUCUCAGAUCGCUGCGCUGCAGGCACUCACGCAGUCACAGCAUCCCAAGUCGAGCCGCAGCAAGACGGACCAGGAAGGAGAGCACAAUGACAAUGUCGUCGUGAUGUUGCAAGGCAAGCUCGCUGAUGUGGGCGCCAACUUCAAAGAGGUUCUCGAGGUGCGGACCAAGAACAUCCAAGCGUCGCGGUCCCGUACGGAGAACUUCGUGUCGUCCGUCUCGUCCAAGUCUCAGGCCGCCUUGGAUCCCCAGCGCUUGGAUUCUCCGUUGUACAAUGCCCCAGGAAGGAAAACGCCUCAGCCAGGAUACAAGAGUGGUGGAUCCGAUCUGCUCACGCUGGAACCUUCGUCGAGUUCGGUGUUGGGACAGCCGGGGCGCGUGACGUCGGAUCAGCAGCUUCUCAUGAUGGAAGAGGCUCAGCCCAACAAUUCGUAUAUCCAGGCGCGAGGGGAAGCUAUCGAGGCGAUUGAGCGGACGAUUAACGAGCUGGGCGGGAUUUUCAGUCAGCUGGCGGCCAUGGUCAGCGAACAGUCGGAGAUGAUUCAGCGGAUUGACGCGAAUACAGAGGAUGUGGUGGACAACGUGGAGGGGGCGCAGCGCGAGCUGAUGAAAUACUGGUCGAGAGUGUCUGGGAACCGGUGGCUUAUUGCGAAGAUGUUUGGCGUGUUGAUGAUUUUCUUCCUUCUCUGGGUCUUAAUAUCAGGCUGA